CUCACUUUACGAUCAACUACUACAAGAUAUCCGAUAAUUUGCUAUUUUUCCGAUGAUUCAGAAGUGGAUUUCGGUUUAUCACUAAAAUACAUCUGUUCGUAUGGAUGUCGAUAUCGUAGUACAUCAAAGGAUAAAGUUAACAAACAUGAACAAAUUGUACAUAAUGGUAAACAACAUAAAUGUUUGCAGAAAAAUUGUACUGAACAAUUUCAAUUCAUCUUUGAUUUGCAAAAACAUUUGAAACAAUUUCAUAAAAUUUUCCAAUGUUCAAAUGAAAAAUGUGCAUUAUUAUUCCAAGACGAGAAUAAACUGAAUCGACAUAUGAGGAUGGAACAUGUAGAUGAAUAUCUGACAUGCAAAUCAUGCAAUAAAAAAUUUCGAAACGCUGAAGCCAUAAGGAAACACAACUAUCUAUUACAUGAUACUGGUGAUUAUCGUUGCGAUCAUGAAGGAUGUGAUUUUUCCACUACAUAUCGCCAUGAAUUAUUCACACAUAGACAAUCGAAACAUAAGCGUAAAAAAUGUCAAUUCACUGGCUGUGAUCGUUAUGUAUCGUUCACUUAUUACCCAAUACAUUUGCGUUUACAUCAAAACAUUCGUUCCUAUCAAUGUUCGUGGCCAGAUUGCGGAAAAACAUUUGUCGAUAAUAGUUCCUUGAAGAAUCAUGUUCGUGUACAUUUAAAUUUUAAACGUUUCGAUUGUAGUUAUGCUUGCGAACAGAAAUCCAAUCUGAUCACACACAUACGUAUUCGACAUUUUAAGCUGCCGCAUACGAAAAAACGUCAAUUGGAAUUGAAUAUUUCGAUGGAUUCAUUUCCCAAUCCAAAUGAAUAUGUUGAAACGAUUAAUGAAGAUAUCUCUGUCAAUACACCAACAAUUUAAACAAUUGAUUUCUUUUUUCAAAUUUAAUUGAUUAAUAAAAUUGAUUUUUUGAAAACUCGAA